AAGCCAGCAAAAUAUGGCAUAAAGAUCUGGGCAGCCAGCUUGCGAUGCAAACUCAAGCUAUGCAUUGAACAUGCGGGUUUACACUGGUAAGCCUAUUGGAGGAGCACCAGAGAGAAACCAGGGCAUGCGGGUGGUUCUUGACAUGAUCCAGGGUCUCAGGGGCCAUAACAUUACCUGCGACAACGUUUUCACAUCCUACACCCUGGGUCAGGAGCUGCUGAAGCGGAAGCUCACAUUGAUAGGUACUGUUCGGAAAAAUAAACCUGAACUUCCUGCUGAACUGCUGUCAAUGAAGAACAGGGCUGCUCAGUCUUCAAAGUUUGCCUUUACAGACACCACAGCCCUGGUCUCUUACUCUCCCAAAAGAGGGAAACAUGAUGUGUUGAUGAGCACGCUACACAAGGAUGCCAAGAUCAGCACCAGAGAGGACCAGAAACCUGAGAUGAUCCUGGAUUACAAUGCCACCAACGGAGGGCUGGACAAUCUUGACAAGGUGACUGGGUCCUACAGCUGCGAACGCAUGACAGCGCGCUGGCCUUUGGUCAUUUCUUACAACAUCGUGGAUGUGUCAGCCUACAAUGCGUUUGUCAUCUGGACUGAGAUCUUCCCAGAUUGGAAAGCUUCCAAGCUGUUCAAGAGACGGCUCUUCCUCAAGGAGCUUGGGAGAGCACUUGUGACACCCCACAUUGAGAGAAGGCAGCACCUGCCAAGAAGCCAAGCCGCUGUAGUCAUGGUGAGGAGGAUCCAGGAGGAAGACGCACCUACCCCACCUGUGCCCAAGGUUGCUGCUGCGGGAAAAAAGAGGUAGCGGUGCCAAGUCUGCAAGCCCAGUGACGACAGCAAGACUAGCAUCACAUGCUUCAAGUGCAAAACAUUCAUUUGCAAAAAACAUGUGGUGACAUACUGCCACUCGUGCUUCAUAGACACACACACACACACACACAC